AUGUCACUUGACUUGGUUGGCAUCAUUUUCCUGGCGGAUCUGCCGCUCAUCGCGCAGCGAACCGCCCUCACAGGUGGCUCCACAUUCCUGGAUACGUUUGUCCUCGGUCCCGGACUUCAUCGCCAGCAGGAUGCCGCUGAUGUUUAUGGCGGAGAGUACCCGGCCGUAGCUGCUAUGACGACCGGCUAUGUGUUUCGGGUCGAAAACCCGGCAACGGUCAAUUUCCUACAGAGGGUUGGUCGCACGGGCCAACUGACCACACUUUCCGUGACAAAAGUCCGCAAGGCUAAACAAGGGUGGCUGUCUCGUUUUGUGUUCUCUAUCGACAGUUCCAUGUCGUUCGGAGCUGUCGCCGCAUACCUCCUUGCGGUGUGCAGCACAGUCGCCGUCACGUCCCUUCUCGUCCUCACUAAGGACUGGUGGGGCCUCCUAGUGAUCGUCCUCUUAAUGCUGACCCGAUUUCUCAAUGUGCUCUUGAUUCGGUCACGCAGUCGCUCCGGCUGGAGCGGAGCCUCCGAGCCGGGCGUGGUCGGAGAUCUCCUCGUCCUCCUGAGCCAGGACCGCUGGGUCCGGAUCACGGGUUACGUGGAUGACCUCAAAGCAGUGACGUCCGGAGAAUGGCUCCGUGAUAUGACUUGGGUUGAAAAUGCCGUAUCCGGCUUCACCACCUUGUUGGUUUACUUUAAUGUUGCCUUAGCGAGCAAUGCAAAGUUGUCUGGGCAGGUCCUACUACUGUUGCUUUUUGCUGGAACGGCCGGUCUGUUAGGACUGGUGAAUAUGCUGACACAAGGGUUCCAGAUGCAUGGGAACCUGAUCACUGUUGACGGCCCACGAAGACAAUACCGAAGAAGACUAGACCUUGCAGAGACCUUGAUCAAGGAGACUGGAAGGGACGAUUGGGCUGUGCGCUUGGGAAUGAUCAAUCCUUCUCAAGCGUCGGGUGGAAAGGGUAAUUCGGGAGGGAAUUCCGCGUUUAAUGAGACGCUUACAAUGUGA